ACUCCGUGCGUCGCGUCGCGGGGCGCUUUUCUCGGACGCUCGGACGGAACUCGCGAGAUGUUGCCCGAGUCCCCCUCCCCGAAGUUGAACAUGGAAGAAACUCGGAAGAUGAAGCUCGCCUCGGCCCGUAAGAUGCUCCGGGACUAUGAGAUCAAGCACAACAUUAUUCCUGGCAAGAGCGGCAAGAAGAAGAAGAUGUGCAGAGACAAUGACCAGGACACUGCCACUGUUGAGGACCACCAGUUACCCAAAGGAAUUGAGGACAUACUGGAGGUGCUGGUGUGCGACCUGAACCGUUCCAAUGGGGUCGCGCUGUCCCCAUUGGCCGAGUGGCAGGAACCUACAGACCAAGCCCCUCAGCCAGCUGGUGUGGAUGACACUCCGUCCCCAAGUGUCCCAUCGACCCCUCCCCGGGACCCCACCGCCACAGCAGCUCAGACUCCUGGAACACAGAACGGGCAGGGGGAAGCCAGAGCGUCAGAUGCCAUUUCCCUGGGUGGGGUCUCAUCCUCCACCGAGAGUCUGCGCCAGCUCUCUCAGAAAUUGAACGGACUGAUUUCUGAGCCAUCACCCUGUGUGAAAGGCCAAGGUGUCAUGUCCCCAGCAAGCCUGAAAAACCUGGAGAGUCGGUAUCAGGAAAUCUCACUGGCCCUGGACAAGAGCAACACGGAGAAAAAAGAUCUUACCAGCCAGAUCCUUGAAUUGCAACAGCAGCACCAGUGUGCAGUGGAUCAGCUAGAAAAGGAGAAGAAGGAGUUCGAGCAGAAACUGGCCAAAGAACAAGGGUCGCUGCGUGAGCAGUUACAGGUUCACAUUCAGACCAUCGGGAUCCUGGUGUCGGAGAAGUCGGACCUGUACGCGGCCCUGACCCACACUCAGCAGGCUGUGAAGCAGAAGACAGGGGAAUGUGAGGACAUCACCAAGAAACUGCACGCAUCCCGGCAGCGCGUGGGCGACCUGGAGCGCACCCUCUCAGCCCUGGCCACGCAGCAGAAGCAGGACGAGAAGCACAACAAGGAUUUAACCAAGGAAAGAGAUGAUCUGAAGACGGAAUUAUUUCAGAAAAACAAAGGUGUGCAGGACCUGCAGGAUCUGGUCAGUGAGCUCCAGGAGAAGCUGCGUGAGGCGCAAGCGGAGACGGACAACACCCGGCAGAGUGCGGUCGACCUGCAGAAGAAGCUGGAAAUGACAGAGAUGCUGCUGCUGCAGUUCACUGGCCCAACAGCAGCAUCGGACAGUGACCCUCAGGUCGCUGAUGCGCUCGGGGAGAAAAAGCAGAUGGAAAAAGAAAUUGAGGAGCUGAAGAGGCUGCUAAAGCAGUUGCAAGUGGAGCGAGACCAGCACAUGGAACAGAUCAAGGCCCAGGAUGAAUUUUGGCAACAGAGAGUCCAGCAGGCAUUAGAGCAGAGUGCAAUAUUGAAGGAAGAAAACGGAAAGAACAUCACAUACAUUCAAGAGUUGGAAGCCCGCAUGGCCAACCUAAAGGCCCAGUUGGAGGCUCCGGCCCCUCAGGAGCCCCCUGUGAGGCCCACUGGGCUCUCGGAGAUGGAAGAAGAGCUGCAGGCAGAGGCCAGGAGGCUGCAGGAAGAGCUGGCAAGCCUGGCCCAGCAGCUGCAGGCGCAGGUCCUGGACAACCAGAACCUGAGCCAGCUGAAUGCCGAGCAGGGCCAGCGCCUCCUGCAGCUGGAGCGCGAGGCCGAGGUGUGGACUGAGCAGGCCGAGGCGCGCAGCCGCAUCCUGGAGACCAUGGAGAACGACCGCACCACCAUCACGCGCGCCCUGGCCCAGAACCGCGAGCUCAAGCAGCAGCUGGCCGAGCUCCAGGACGGAUUCGUGAAGCUGAGCAAUGAGAACAUGGAAGUGACAUGCUCCUUACAAACUGAGCAGCAUGCCAAGGACCAGUUGGCAGAGAAGCUCGGCAAGAUGCAUGAGAAAUUGGCAGAGAUGAAGGAGACGGUGGAGCUGAAGGACACCGAGGCGCAGUCCCUGCAGCAGCAGCGGGACCAGUAUCUGGGCCACCUGCAGCAGUACGUGGCCGCCUACCAGCAGCUGGUCGCUGAGAAGGAGCAACUGCACCAGCAGGUGCUACUGCAGAACCAGCACCUAGACCGGCUGCAGCACGAGCAAACUCAGGCCAAGGACGACCUGGACGAGGCCCAGGAGGAGCUGAAGGAGGCCCAGGGACUCCUGAAGACCACCCAGGAGCAGAAACAGCAGCUCCAGUCGCAGCUGACAGCACUGCUGAUGCCAGUGAAGGAAAGUGAAUUGGAAGAGGAAGAAGUGGAAAGUGACCCAAGGAAGCUGAGUCUGCCGGACGACCUGGAAACUAGAGAGGCCAUGCUGGAGUUCUGCAACUCGGCCUUAGCAGAGGCAGACAGGGAGCGGGCCAGCCUGCGUGAGCAGCUGAGGCAGGAGAGAGCCAAGAACCAGUGUCUGGCCCAAACCGGGGCAGCCUCGAAGCUUUGGCUAGAGCAGGAGGCCACAGUGCCCCACACCGGGGGCCCCACUGUGCCCCAGGAGACACACGUGGCCCUGAAGGAGGCCAUGGAUUUGUUGCAAGCUCGCUUUGCGCAAAUCAUGCAAGAGAAGGUGGAGCUGAAGGAGCGUGUGGAAGAAUUAGAGCAUCGCUGCGUCCAGCUCUCAGGGGAGACAGAAACGAUCGGGGAGUAUAUCACCCUCUACCACAACCAGAGGGCCGUGCUGAAGGCGCGGCACCGGGAGAAGGAGGAGUACAUUACCCGCCUGGCACAGGACAAGGAGAACCUGAAGGUGCAACUGAUGGAGCUGCAGGAGCUGGUGUUGAUGCUGGUUAAGGACAGUUACUCCGCCCCAGGCACAAAGCCCCCCACCACAGUGCCCCUUGCCGGCAGCAUGGCCGGCACCCCAGAAGAAAUCGCACAGGAGAGCAGCCCUGCCUCCGUGGAGCUGAGCCCCGCAGGGCCCCCAGCCGAGCCCUCGCCCACCACCAACCCCACGGCCUUGAAGAUCAUGCAGCUGCUGAGAGACAUGCAGAACUGUAAGGAGCAGGCCGGCCUGGGCUCUGCGCCUUGCUCCCCCUGUAUCCCCUUUUUCUACAAGGCUGAUGAGAACGACCAAGUGAAGAUCACCAUGAUCUAGCUCCAGCCCACUCCUCCCUGCCCUCCUCCUCUGCUUCUUUCUGCUGAGGAAGGAAGGGAAAGACUGUAGUGCUUCUGCGGGGAAAUAAGGACAGACACGUCCCUCAGCGUUCUGGUGCUUCACCCUAGCAAUGACCGUGAGUGAGGCCAAAGGCACCAGCCCUACAGGCAAACAGCCAAACAGCGUGGCCUGUUGAGAUGAGCCUGGUGUUUGGUCUGUUGACAUGUCCUACAAAAAGUGCCUCCUCUGUCUUUCAAAGGGUGAGCAGCGAAAGUAGGGAAGAAAUGCUGAGGAAAACUAUGGAAGGGAGACAAACCCUGGCAUCAUGAAGGGCUUGAUGAUACUGCCCACAACCCAAAAACUAGACUGCAGUCAUCCCUUGGACUUCAUUCCCCCAACACUAACCCACAUGUAUUUGGGAGUCAAAAAUGUCCCUAAUUCUAGACUUCAGAGGUUCCUGAAGGCAAAAUCAUCCACUCUAGGCCAUAGUAGAGAUGGAAUAGAAAACCCCCCUGUCCGUAAUUCGGCCUCGGGAAGAAACUGACCAGAAAUUCCCACCUCUGCCCCGCCGCGUCCCCAUUUGUCUACUCAAAUGUUCAGCUUCUAGAAAAGCCAAGGUCAAAACUGGAGGUUGAUUGCCCUUAUGGAGAGCCAAGGUACGCCUCUCUGAGCAUUUUACUUACCAUUAUGUCUGGUGUGGCUGGACGGAGGACAGUAAGUUGCUUUCUUUGCGCACAGCACCCUGGCUUCCAUCUUCAGCACCCCUUCUAGUCCCUGAGUACAGCUGAGAGUGAGCCCUGAGAACCAAGCCAGGAUUAAGCCUUGAGCACUGCUAAGUGUGAUCCAAAAACCAAAACAGGACAAAAACUUGGUCCAGGAGGUCAGAGAAGAGGCUCUUGAGACAAUUCAGUGCUCUGCAGGUCCAAGUCUAUUCUUUAGAGCACUGGACUCCUGAGCACAAAGCCAGGAGUAACCUUGAGACACCCCCAUACCAAAAAGAAAGCAAAUUUAGCACAGGCACAGGGGCUUGGUAAGACUUGGAGAUACUGGAGGGUGUGGAGGCACCCAAUGCCUUAGAGAGACCCUCCUUCAGAGGGCCUCACCCCAAAAAGGCACUUUGGGGGCAAACAGGCCCCCCCUUUGGCCCAGGUCAUAGCUGGGCCAUACCUAGACUUUAGCCUAUGGGCUGCCAUGGCCCAGAAAGGUCUGAGCUGGGAGCGCCCUAUCCCAGGACAGAUUGUCUUGCGGGAGGCACCCAAGGAGUGGGUUGCUGACAGGGGCUGAGUUCUAGGCACUACUGGGGUGAGGGCAACUAAUUUAUUGGUGGCAGAGGACAGGGAGGGAGGAGGGGAUGGACUGCUGUCCCCGAGACUCACUGUCCUAUUUCCACUUGGGUUUCAAUAAAUGGAUGUGGAUCCA